AUGAAGUGUUGUGGAACAAGCAAUAAAUUACAUAUAAAAGAAUGUGAAUUUUUAAAUGGAGUUGAUGAAAAUGAAGAAUUUUUAAACAUAAUUCAAGAAUGUAAAAAUGAUGAAGGUUUAAUUGAUCCUGAUAUUUUAAUUAAAAAAAUGGAAAAUUCUUCAAAUGAACACAUAAAACAUAAUGUUGAUGCUGUACGAAAAAAAUUAAAAAAUUUAUUACCAAAUGAUAAAAAUGAUCAAAAACAUGUUUUAGAAGAAAAUUUACUUAUUAAUACACUCAAAGGUGGUAUGCAAGAAGCUAUUGAUAAAGUUAAAUCAUCAAGAAAUAGUAUCAAAAAAUAA